CUGCCGGGAUGCGCCGCAGCGAAUGGUCGCACGGGGCGCCGCUCUGAGUGACCUUUCACCCGCGCCCAGCGGCCUCGGGCGGCGGCACAAGGCGGAAGCCAUGGCGGAGGCGGCGGGCGAGGCGGGCUCGAGCGAGCGGGACCCAGACGCGGGCCGCGCGCGCCGGCGGCUGAGGGUUCUGUCGGGCCAUCUGCUGGGCCGGCCCCAGGAGGCUCCGAGUACCAAUGAGUGUAAAGCGAGGAGAGCCGCGUCGGCGGCCGGGGCGUCGCCCGCCGCCACUCCCGCCGCUCCGGAGUCGGGCACCAUCCCCAAGAAGCGACAAGAAGUUAUGAAAUGGAAUGGAUGGGGCUAUAAUGAUUCCAAGUUCUUCUUCAAUAAGAAGGGCCAGGUUGAGCUGACUGGGAAAAGGUACCCUCUCAGUGGCUUGGCUUUACCAACUUUGAAAGACUGGAUCCAGAAAACCCUUGGAGUAAAUAUGGAGCAUAAAACUACCUCUAAAGCAUCCUUAAAUCCUAGUGAAGUACCUCCCUCUAUUGUAAAUGAAGAUUUCCUUCAGGAACUUAAAGAAACUCGUAUUUCCUACUCACAGGAAGCAGAUGAUCGAGUGUUCAGAGCUCACGGUCAUUGUCUUCAUGAGAUAUUUUUGCUCAGGGAAGGGAUGUUGGAGCGGAUUCCUGAUAUAGUUGUUUGGCCAAUGUGUCAUGAUGAUGUAGUUAAGAUUGUGAAUCUAGCGUGCAAAUAUAACCUUUGUAUCAUACCAAUUGGUGGAGGAACAAGUGUGUCAUAUGGCUUGAUGUGUCCUGCAGAUGAGACAAGAACAAUAAUUUCUUUGGAUACUUCACAGAUGAACCGGAUUCUCUGGGUUGAUGAGAACAAUCUGACAGCUCAUGUAGAGGCUGGGCUAACAGGACAAGAGUUGGAAAGACAGCUUAAAGAAAGCGGGUAUUGUACAGGUCACGAGCCAGACUCCCUGGAAUUCAGCACUGUGGGAGGGUGGAUAGCCACUCGGGCAUCAGGCAUGAAGAAGAACAUCUAUGGCAAUAUUGAGGACCUGGUGGUUCAUAUAAAAAUGGUAACCCCUAGAGGUGUAAUAGAGAAAAGCUCCCAAGGACCUCGUAUGUCAACAGGCCCUGAUAUCCAUCACUUCAUCAUGGGAUCUGAAGGAACUCUUGGUGUAAUAACAGAAGCUACAAUAAAAAUCAGACCAAUCCCUGAAUACCAAAAGUAUGGCUCGGUAGCUUUCCCUAAUUUUGAACAAGGAGUAGCCUGUUUAAGAGAAAUUGCAAAGCAGAGGUGUGCUCCUGCAUCGAUCCGCCUCAUGGACAACCAGCAGUUUCAGUUUGGUCAUGCUCUUAAACCUCAGGUCUCCUCUAUUUUUACAUCAUUUUUAGAUGGAUUAAAAAAGUUUUAUAUUACAAAGUUUAAAGGAUUUGAUCCAAAUCAACUAAGCGUAGCCACAUUACUGUUCGAGGGGGACCGUGAGAAGGUUCUUCAACAUGAAAAACAAGUAUAUGACAUUGCUGCAAAAUUUGGUGGUCUGGCUGCUGGAGAAGAUAAUGGACAGAGGGGUUAUUUGCUGACUUACGUCAUUGCGUAUAUGCGUGAUUUGGGUUUGGAAUACUAUGUAGUAGGAGAAUCUUUUGAGACUUCUGCUCCUUGGGACAGGGUUAUAGAUCUGUGUAGAAAUGUCAAAGAGAGGAUAAGAAGGGAAUGCAAAGAAAAGGGUGUUCAGUUCGCACCUCUUUCUACAUGCAGGGUGACGCAGACGUAUGAUGCGGGUGCAUGUAUCUACUUCUAUUUUGCCUUUAACUACAGGGGAAUUAGUGACCCACUGACUGUGUUUGAGCAAACAGAGGCAGCUGCUAGAGAUGAAAUCCUUGCCAAUGGAGGGAGCCUAUCACAUCACCAUGGAGUGGGCAAGUUACGAAAGCAGUGGCUAAAGGAAAGCAUCUCUGAUGUCGGCUUUGGGAUGCUAAAGUCUGUCAAGGAAUAUGUGGACCCCAGUAACAUCUUUGGAAACAGAAACCUUUUGUAACUCCAUGGAUAUCAUUAUGAAAAAUGUUACCUUUUUAAAGUCAUCAGUUAUGGUUAUACCAGUAAUCAAAUAUAUCAUGGACUGUAUUUCAGCUAUGUUUGUUUGUUGGUUUCAAAUAAGUCGGUUUUCGUUCUAUGUUUGUUUCUACAGCUCUAGAUUGACAGAUGGCGUUCCUAGGUCUCUCUCACUGUAGGUAUUCCAGUUUAGAGCCAACUAACUGGUUGUCAUUUCAGACUUUAGGCAGCACAAGGCUGCCCGAUAUUUGAGGGCGCGGCCAGUGGUUUCACGUGCUCCUCAGGUGAGCUGAGGGAGAUUGUGUCAUCUGCGUCUUGUCUAGCCUCUAUUGUGUCCUUUUUUAAACAACAUUUCUCUAAAGCAGACAUCUAACAAAGAUUCUGCUGGGGAGAGAGAUUUGUGUGUGUGUUAAAAGCGUCCUUUCCUGGGAGGAAGUUGUCACGGGAGGACACUCGGGACAGAGCCAGCAGUCUGUCACUAGCAUCCUUCAUCUGUAUACGGUGCUCAGCCUAGGCUUUGCUUGAAGUGAAUACACAGUUGCACACUUAAAUUGCCAACAUACAGAUUACUCUGUGAGCAGACACAUUUUUGUCCUCUGUGUCUGUCUCUAGCGGGGUGUGUCACUGAGGGUAACCUGUUGUUCUGUCCUGCGUCAUCCAUACUAAGUUUUGUAAGAACAGCUGCCUUACUACGGUGAAGGCCGUUGUCCACCCUCCAGUCCUCCUGUGUCUCUGUCAGGCUUGUUGCCAAGCUGCACAGGCAGCUGCAGUGUGAACAAAAGAAAGGCUCCUCAACCUGCUGUCUCCAGUUUAAAAGAAUUACUUGGCUAAAGAAACAGUCGCUAGUUGACUCUUGGAUUUGAAAGCCUCUAUAAAAUUCACAGACAACAAUCUUUUUUCUAAUUAGCCACAAAUAGCCUGAUAAAUGUUUAUGGAAAAUUAGUUUCUGUUCAGUUCUUAAUAAUGGUUUAAUGCCUUUUUGAAUUACUGGUUUAACCUAAGUUUUAAAAUGUAUGCCAUAAUCACAAGUUUGAAAUAUUCUAUUUCUUAAAUAAAAGGAAAAUAUUAAUCAUUUAGCAGACAUUUUUACAUUCAAAACUGGAAUUUGAAAUAAGUGGAACAGUUGCUUUAAAUCACUGUUGAGGUUCUUGAUUCACAUUGUGAGAUGAGUUCUUUUCUUAAUGCAAUACCUAACUUUUGAUAAUUUUUUAAAAUAUUUAAUCAGAUAGUGUAAGUCAGAGUGCAGACGAUCCUUUAGAAGGACACACUGUCUGUCUAUGUAGCAACAGCUCCAAAUAUGUUGGGGCAGUUUGAUACCUUUUAUAUCUAAGUAGCCUUAAACAGAGCAGUGAAAAUUUAAAAUUGACAAAAUGAUAUUUUUAAGACUUCAAAAUGAUAAAUAAUUUUUAACUAUUAAAAUUGGCCUCAAACUAACAAAUUUAAAUCUGUAGGGGAAAAAAAUCAAUAUUAAGUAUUAGUUUAACAACAAAACUCAAUAUUUAUUUUUUGGAAGCUGCCUCUCUAUUGAUGAUUUAUUUUCAAUUAUAAAGUUUCCAUGCCUUUGGUUAAAGAUUUUGAUGGUUUGAAAUAGUUGGACACUCAAGGAAUUGCCUCUUGAAUUGUAAGAUUCUUUAUAAAAUGCAUCUCUUCUUGAAGGUGAUUCUCUAAUUGGUGAAUUGAAAUGUAACAUUUAGUAAGAUUCCAACCUCUCACUGGAAGUGUAUACAUGUUUCCAAGGAAUUAUUUUUAAUAAACAGUUUUAUUAGCAGAUUCAGUUCCUUGCAUGUGACUGUUAAAACCUUUCCCCCAGGGAGUUCAGAUUUCCACAACCUCGGCAAUCUGUGCUGUUAGAGUAACUAGCUCCUGAAGUUGUUGGGUUUGCCAUCCGACACGAGCUCUAUGGAGGUUAGCAGUUAAUGUCUUUGUUUCUUUUUAUCUCUGGAUGCAGACCUCACCAAUCUUGAUUCUAUAGCGGUCAUGACAUUUUGUAUCUGAAAUAAUCUCAAGCAGGUUCAUUUUGAAACAUGAGAACUCUCAUUAGUACAGUUUCACUGUCUGUAGGUCAGGAAACCUUCCCACCCACUCGUGGGAGGCGCCUCAGUGUAGACUGUCUUCAGAGGAGCACUUAAGCCUUGCCUCCUUCAGAAGUGUCUGCACGUGGCUCCAUGAGCCUAACCCAGGAGAAUGCUGGUUUCUGAAGCAUCUUAAUGCAUGGGUUACUUUCUUUAAAAGCUUCAGCCUGUUUGAUACUCAGGAGCACCUAGCAUUGACUCACUCUUCUUCAAGUCAGCCAUAUGUGUAAUAUUUUGCUUAAAUCUGAUGACAUCACAUGUCGGUUGGGAUUUUAGUGGGAAUGGGAACUUGCUGCUAAUGAGAUCUAAUACUAAAGACUCAAAUGGACAGGCUUUGCGGACCUUGGAGAAACUGUUGCCUUAAUGUGUGGUGUGACAUACAGUGGUGCAUAAGUGAACUGAGUCUCAUGUUUCGUCCUUUGAGACUCUUAGCUGGAUUGUGGAGGCCAUAUGUUUCCUGUGUCCAGCAUUUCAUCAGAGAAUACAGGAUUAAACUACUCUUUUCAGGAAUGGGAGGUUGGUACUUGAAAUGCUUACAUAUUAUAGGAAUAUUGAUCUAAGAUUAUUUAUGAAUCUGGAAGCCUUCUAGUAUUCAUAUUUGUGUUGUUUAUUUUGGAAAACAAAAGCUCAAUAAAAGACAAGCUUCCAUCGGUGUGUAUCAGAUAUAAACACAUGCGAGAACUCCCCCCUCCCUGAAUAUUGUAACUGAGUGCUAAUUUGCAUAUUUGAGAAAGCCUUUCUGCAUGUUAAUCCCAGAGAUUUUCCUGUGUUGUGUUCUCUCAUACAGCUUCUAACUGUAAGCGAUCAGAGAAGCUCCCAAGUCCUAACAUGAAGUGUGUUGCUCCACAUGGAGCUGGGUUUGCUGUCACUGUCAGAACACAUGAUGUAGAGGGACCACUUCAUACUGCAUGACAGUGCUUGAGCAGCCAGCUCUGCCUGUGGGAGGUGUAUCCAGUCCGAGGAGCGCGGAGGCAGCCAUGAAGAUAGCGGUAGUAAUCUUGAGGGGUUUCUCCGCACUUAAUCUUCAGUGAUUUUGAUUUUACCCAGGGCUCCGCUUGUGGCAGGGAGCACAGCAGGAGCACAGUGGGUACAGAUUAGGAUUGGAGACUCUGAGCUUUUGCCUGUGGCUUUGUCCGUUGUGGGGGCUUGGCUUGGCUCAGGUCUUUAUGUUCCAAUAGGAGCUAUCUGCCUACAAAUCGUUUAAUUCUUUCUCUUUACUGAAAAAAAUAUACAAUGAGAGGAAAAUCCAGAAAGUAUAAAAGGUUUUCUUCAGUUGUUGAAGUAUGUGUCUGACGUGAAGGUAUAACCCAGCUUUCUGUUCCUUAAGCCAAAUAGUGUUCGUCUUCAGUGUGGAACUUAACUGUAAAAACUGCUUGUAUAAUGUCAAGAGAUUAUAGAAACAUUAUUAAUAAAAUGGACAUGGCUUAUGAUUUUUUUAAUCAAAAGGAGGUGUGAAGCUGUUUUUUUAUUCUGUUUGCAUAUGUUUUCAACUUUUUUCACUUUAUAUUUCCAUAGAUUUGAAAAUAAAAAAUAAUUUUUGUAAGUUUGCUAAUGUAGCAUAAUCUAGACAUCCUAUGACUGAAUCCCUUUGGCCUUAUGGCUGAAUAUAUCAUAAUUCAGUUGCAUCAGUCGCCAGGUUUUUUUUAAUCAAUAUUAAACCUUUAGGUGGUGUUCAGAACAUUCCCUUUCAAACCUGGAAGGCCACAGUGAACAUCCUCACGUUCUCUAAAUAAGUACAAUCAAUUCCUUAAUAGAGGGAGUAAAGAUCACUGAUGUAUACCACUCUCGAGCCAAAGAACACUCACAGAAUUAUACCUAGUUCUGUGAAUAUGAAAACUUUUUGUUGUUGUUGUUGUUCCCAAAGGGUAUUGUUUUAUUUUUAAAGAAGAAAUAAGUAAUACAUUGUCCGGUGAUUUUUUUUUUUUUCUUUCUAGAUACUAGGGGCUUACUUCCUGAGAGCAGAGGUUGCUCAGCUGCACGUGCCAUGUGGAUGACAUUGUUAGUGUUCCCAGCAGCACACACUCGCCCUGAGAAAUACCCUUACCCCGGACUGUUCGCAGAGGGCUGCAGUGCCUGGAUCAGUGUAGUUUAUCUAAAUGGGCUUUUAUUAAACACUGUCCUUUGAAAGCUCACAGUGCCUUCUUGGGAUUUUUCUCUUUUCUUCCAUGAAACAUCUAAAGCGAGAGAGGGUAUGCUGUAAAGACAGAGAGGGUUUAGCAAUUCAGGGUUCUCUUCAAGAACACAUCAGAAUUUGGUGAUUGUAUGUAGAAAUACUGUUCUGUGUUGGUUGGGUUAUCUAUAUAUUUAAUCAGUUAUAUGCUUAACCUGGACUCAGACAUCCAGUCAUUCGGUGGGAUGGAUUUAUGUCUGCUCUUCAUUCCUGCUGUCCCACCCUAGUAACCCUAAGAUAGGGCUUGGCAAGUCUUGAGACACCCACUGUAUGCUUUUGACUUUGUUUACACAGCUCCCUAAGGAAGCAGGGUACUAGACCUUAUGCUCCGUGUCUGUCUUUGUGUGUGUGUGUGUGUGUGUGUGUGUGUGAUGCCUUGGGAAUAAUGAGUAUUUUGUUCCUGGGCAGUAAUAAAUCCUGUGAGAAGUAGGUGUGUUCUAUACAGCUUUGUUCUUUUUUUGCUAAGUCUGUGAAAUAAUUUGCUCUGAUACAACUUAACUUGAAUAAUAUCCUAUCCUGAGUCUUCCUCCAUAGCAGUACACGUUUCUGCCAGUACUGUGGUCAUCUUUUGGGAAUUACAUGUGGGUAAAAUGUAUGUGUACGCCAUUAUAGCACUGUAACUAAUGCAUAGGCAACAGUUCUUCCCUGCACACUUGGAGUCUAACAGUGGGUGUGAAGUGGGGGGAACUUUCCGAGAGGUUCUGUAGAGCUUGUCAAGUUCACACUGAGCCAUGCCAUUUGUCUCCACAAGGGCUCAAUGCAUAAUCCAUAUCCCACGCUUUGGUGUGUGUUCAGAAUUUCCUUUUAUUGGUUUUUCAUAGACUGUGUUGUUUCAGAACAAAAAUGCCCAUGUGUGAUUUUUUUUAAAGAUGUACUGGGAACAAAUAAAACAUUUCUAAAA